AUGAGCAAGAAGAAAAAAAUGUCCAUGCUGGAGUUGUGGCGCAGCAAUCAGACUGCACGUGUAAAGAAAGCCAAAGACCUGAAACUAUGGCCUCACCAGGUCGCAUCGCUGAGAGACCCAGAGCUGGUUUCGUCUCUGGUCCAGCAGAAUGUGAAGAUGGCACGCUUGCUUCACAAAACAGGCACCACAGCGCUCCGCCGCUUUACGCAGGAGUCUCUGGCUGAGCUUGAGCGGUGUGCGGCAGAGGAAGCUGCCGAGCAGGAGCACAGAAAAGCCCAGAACAUUGAGAUUCCUGAGGAUGAACUGCCCAAACCCUCCAAAUACCUGGAAGUUGGGAAAGCCCUGCCUUUCAUCUAUGGAGACCCUCCAUCUGAGCUUUUCAAUAUCCCUUUGGAGGAGCUCGAUCCUUACUACAAAGCAAAGAAGACUUUCAUCGUGAUCAGCAAAGGGAAUGUAAUCAACAGGUUCUGUGCUGAGCCAGCGUGUUAUAUUCUUUCUCCGUUUCAUCCCGUCCGCAGAAUAGCAAUCCGGAUACUCAUACACUCAUUGUUUAGCAUGUUUAUCAUGUUAACAAUCCUGUCCAACUGUGUGUUCAUGACCAUGAGCGACCCGCCACAAUGGAGCAAAACUGUAGAGUAUGUUUUUACAGGGAUCUAUACCUUCGAGGCAACCGUAAAGGUUUUGUCCAGAGGGUUUUGCAUAGGAGACUUUACAUUCCUUCGAGAUCCAUGGAACUGGCUGGAUUUCAUGGUGAUCAGCAUGGCAUACCUUACAGAGUUUGUGGACCUGGGAAAUGUUUCAGCUCUGAGAACUUUCCGUGUACUUCGAGCGCUCAAAACAAUUACUGUGAUUCCUGGUCUGAAAACCAUCGUCGGCGCACUGAUUCAGUCGGUGAAGAAGUUGGCAGAUGUCAUGAUCCUGACUGUAUUUUGUCUUGCCGUCUUUGCCCUCAUUGGCUUACAGCUGUUUAUGGGAAAUCUGCGCAACAAGUGUGUUGUAUGGCCUCCUAGAUAUGAGACCAACUUGACUAACAUGAACUACACAAAUGGCACUUUUGACUUCACGGACUACAUCAACAAUCAAGAUAACUACUACUUUCUGCCUGGUACGCAUGACGCGCUUCUCUGUGGAAACAGCUCAGAUGCUGGGAGAUGUCCUGAAGGAUACUUGUGUAUGAAGGCCGGUAGGAAUCCAAACUAUGGCUACACCAGCUACGACAACUUUGGUUGGGCCUUUCUCUCUCUCUUCCGCCUUAUGACUCAAGACUUCUGGGAAAACCUGUUUCAGCUGACUCUCCGGGCAGCAGGGAAGACCUACAUGAUCUUCUUUGUAGUUAUCAUCUUCUUAGGCUCCUUUUACCUGAUCAACCUGAUUUUGGCUGUUGUGGCCAUGGCAUAUGCCGAGCAGAAUGAGGCCACGAUAGCUGAAGCUAAAGAGAAGGAGGAGGAGUAUGCAAGGAUAAUGGAGCAGCUCAAAAAGCAAUCUGAGCAUGAGAAAGAGAUGAUUAAUGGCAGCAUGACCUCACUUUCAAGUGAAAAGAAUGCUGAUGGCAGUGCAAAGUAUGAUCUGGUUGACGAAGGAGGUGGUAAAGAAAAGACCGACCAUAAAAACAUUGUCAUGAAACCCCUCAAGGAUGGAAAAUCGGUUGAGGUAUCCGAACUAAAUAGAUCCAAAGGAACCGUGGACCUCAUAGAAGAACCGGACUAUCACAAGAGAAAGGCCAGUGCAGUGAGUGCUCAAAGUCAUGCAUUAGAAGAAUUAGAAGAGUUAGAAAGACCAUGCCCACCCUGCUGGUACAAGUUUGCAGACAUUUUCCUGAAGUGGAACUGCUGCGAACCGUGGAUCAGGUUUAAAAAGCUGGUUUAUCUCUUUGUGAUGGAUCCAUUUGUGGACCUGGGCAUCACACUCUGCAUCGUACUUAACACUGUGUUUAUGGCCAUGGAGCAUUACCCCAUGACUCCUGAUUUUGAAACAGUAUUGAGUAUUGGAAACUUGGUGUUCACUGGUAUCUUUGCAGCUGAGAUGUUUCUUAAACUCAUUGCGAUGGAUCCAUACCACUACUUCCAGGUGGGCUGGAACAUAUUUGACAGCAUCAUUGUGACAAUGAGUCUCGUGGAGCUUGGCUUGGCCAAUGUUGAAGGAUUGUCAGUGCUUCGGUCCUUCCGACUUAUGCGUGUCUUCAAGUUGGCAAAGUCCUGGCCUACCCUGAACAUGCUGAUUAAGAUCAUCGGUAACUCUGUGGGCGCCCUGGGCAACCUGACCCUCGUUUUGGCCAUAAUCGUCUUCAUCUUUGCUGUGGUGGGCAUGCAGCUGUUUGGGAAAAGCUACAAGGAAUGUGUUUGUAAAAUUGCUGAGGACUGCGAGUUGCCCCGCUGGCACAUGCUCGACUUCUUCCACUCCUUCCUCAUUGUUUUUCGAAUCCUGUGUGGGGAGUGGAUUGAAACCAUGUGGGACUGCAUGGAGGUGGCAGGCCAGUCUAUGUGCAUUAUCGUCUUCAUGAUGGUCAUGGUGAUCGGAAACCUGGUGGUCCUGAAUCUCUUCCUGGCCUUGCUGCUCAGUUCCUUCAGUGGAGACAACCUGGCAUCAUCGGAUGAAGAUGGUGAAGUGAACAACCUGCAAAUUGCUAUCGGAAGAAUUACCAGGGGCAUCGACUGGGUCAAGGCCUUCAUCAUCAGACAGAUCAGAUGUUUGUUCCGACUGAAACCAAAGAAAGAGGAGAAAAGCCAUGAUUUGGUUCAGAUUCACACGAAUCCUGAGUCAGAGAACAUGUAUAAGAUGGAGCUGGAAAAACUUGAUGGAUCUCCUGCCAUGUCACUGGUUCCAAUAGCAAAGGGGGAGGUGGAUUUUAAAACCCCCUAUGAUGAUGAAAGUGCCUCUGAGAAUGAAAUGAAAAGUGCAGAUGAUGACGCUUCAUCAACCUGCAGCACUGUGGACAAACCUCCUGAAGUUGAAGAAGUAGAAUCAGAAGAGGAACAAGAUUCCGUCGCACCGGUGGACUGCUUUACUGAGAAUUGUAUCAGGCGCUGUCCGUGCCUUGAUGUGGACAUCACCCAGGGCAAAGGAAAGUCAUGGUGGAACUUUCGUAAGACCUGCUUCACUAUUGUGGAGCACAACUACUUUGAGACUUUCAUCAUCUUUAUGAUUCUUCUUAGCAGUGGAGCCUUGGCUUUUGAGGAUGUUUACAUUGAGGAGAGAAGAGUGAUUAAAAUAAUUCUUGAAUAUGCAGAUCAAGUCUUCACCUACAUUUUUGUUGUUGAGAUGCUCCUAAAAUGGGCUGCCUAUGGUUUCAAAGUUUACUUCACUAAUGCUUGGUGCUGGCUGGACUUCCUCAUUGUAGAUGUGUCGCUGAUCAGCUUGACGGCUAACAUUCUGGGUUACUCUGAGCUCGGACCCAUUAAAUCCUUGAGGACCCUGAGAGCUCUGAGGCCGCUUCGUGCUUUAUCCAGAUUUGAGGGGAUGAGGGUGGUGGUAAAUGCCCUGGUUGGAGCUAUUCCAUCCAUAUUCAACGUGAUGCUGGUGUGUCUGAUAUUCUGGCUGAUCUUCAGCAUAAUGGGAGUGAACCUGUUUGCUGGAAAGUUCUAUUACUGCAUGAACAUUACAUCUGAGGAGAUAUUUUCUAUUGAUGAAGUGAACAACAAAACCGACUGUUUCUUACUAAUGGAGGACGGACACGAUGUGCGAUGGAGAAAUCUGAAAGUAAACUUUGAUAAUGUUGGCAUGGGCUACCUGUCCUUACUGCAAGUGGCUACAUUCAAAGGUUGGAUGGAUAUCAUGUACGCUGCUGUGGAUUCACGUCUUGUGGAUGAACAACCCGAAUAUGAGACGAACCUCUACAUGUACCUCUACUUUGUUAUUUUUAUCAUCUUUGGGUCUUUUUUUACCCUCAAUUUAUUUAUUGGUGUCAUCAUUGAUAAUUUCAACCAACAAAAGUCAAAGUUUGGAGGACAAGACCUUUUCAUGACAGAAGAACAGAAGAAGUACUACAAUGCCAUGAAGAAACUAGGCUCAAAGAAACCACAGAAACCAAUUCCUCGUCCUCAAAACUGUUUUCAAGGCUUUGUCUUUGACGUCGUGACAAAGCAGUUUUUUGAUAUCCUCAUCAUGGGAUUGAUCUGUCUGAACAUGAUCACCAUGAUGGUGGAGACUGAUGACCAAAGUGAGGAGACUGAGGGCAUCUUGUACUUUAUAAACCUCGUCUUCAUCAUGUUCUUUACCGGAGAGUGUGUGCUCAAGCUCAUCGCCCUUCGACAGUACUUCUUUCAUGUUGGAUGGAAUAUAUUUGAUUUUAUCGUGGUCAUUCUUUCAAUUAUGGGCUUAAUGCUUGCAGACCUUAUCGAGAAGUACUUUGUGUCACCCACUCUAUUUCGUGUCAUCCGACUUGCAAGAAUUGGCCGUGUUCUGCGUCUAAUCCGAGGCGCCAAAGGCAUCCGGACACUUUUGUUUGCCCUGAUGAUGUCCCUCCCUGCCCUCUUCAAUAUCGGCCUCCUGCUUUUUUUGAUCAUGUUCAUCUUUUCAAUAUUUGGAAUGUCUAAUUUUGGCUAUGUAAAAAAAGAAGGAGGCAUUGAUGACAUGUUCAAUUUUGAGACCUUUGGAAACAGCAUAAUAUGUCUGUUUAUGAUCACAACUUCUGCAGGCUGGGAUGGGCUUCUCUCUCCCAUUAUGAACAGUGGACCCCCCGACUGUGACCCAUACAUCGAAAACCCUGGAACAGACGUCAGGGGUAACUGUGGCAAUCCUGCAGUGGCAAUAGUCUUUUUUUGCAGCUACAUAGUGAUGUCUUUCCUAGUGGUGGUCAACAUGUACAUCGCCAUCAUUCUGGAGAACUUCAACGUAGCGACAGAGGAAAGCAGCGAGCCGUUAUGUGAGGAUGACUUUGAAAUGUUUUAUGAGACCUGGGAAAAGUUUGAUCCUGAUGCCUCACAAUUCAUUAGCUACAGUGCACUUUCUGAUUUCUGUGACACACUGAAGGAUCCGCUGAAGAUUCCAAAGCCAAACACGAUCAAGCUGAUUUCCAUGGACCUUCCAUUGGUUACUGGAGACAAGAUUCACUGUCUUGACAUCCUCCUGGCUCUUACAGCCGAAGUGCUUGGUGAAUCAGGGGAAAUGGACAUGCUCAAGUCAAGCAUGGAGGAGAAAUUCAUGGCAAACAACCCCUCGAAGGUCUCAUAUGAGCCAAUAACCAGCACUCUUCGACGAAAGCAUGAGGAAAUGGCCGCAACAGUCAUCCAAAGAGCCUACCGCAAAUACAGACUCAAGAGUACUCGCAAACCGAGCUCGUUCAGGUUCAGAGAAAAGCUCCCCUCUGUAGAGGUUCAAAGUGAGUUUGUCUUGCAUUCAGCCCCCUUUACUGUCCCUGACUCUUUAAACUAUGAGGACAGUUUAAGAGAGUCAAUUGUGUAG